UGUAAUUUCGUUUUUACCUUAAGUAGAAUGGGCAAAAGUAAAAAAGUACAAACUACGUAGGUAUUGUACACAUUGCGAUAACAAUUCUAUCUAAACAUUAAAAAAAGUGGUACUCCGUUAUCUAUAAUAACACCACUGAAAUAGUGAUUAUUACCCUACAACUACAAAGGAGUUCUACGUGUGAAUAAUUCACCUCCAUACCUAUAAAAACACAGACCUAGAAAUAGUGAACAAAAAUAAAUAUUAAGUCACUUAUGUGAAGAUGUGCCUAAACAAAGCUUUAAUAGUUUCGGUACUUUUUUGUCUAUAUCUGGGAUAUCUCGCUGAGGAACCUCACAGCUGUUUAAGACCAUGUACGGUGGAUGGAGAGCCUCUCACAUGUUACUACAAUUGGACAUUGGCACUUUUCCGAACGAUGAGCAAGGCUUGUUACGAUUGUCCCAAAAAUUUGUCAGAUUGUUACUUAGAAGACUGUAUCGCAGCUGAUGGUACAGAAAAAAUGAUAUUUUCAGUUAAUAAAUUACUGCCAGGACCUAAAAUUGAGAUUUGUGAAGGCGAUACAAUUAUUGUGGAUGUAAAAAAUAUUCUUCCAGCUAUAAGUACUACAAUACAUUGGCACGGUAUACCGCAAAGAGAAACACCGUAUAUGGACGGAACACCCAUGAUAACACAGUGUCUCAUUGAACCGUACACCACCUUUAGGUACAAAUUUCAGCCGAAGGUUGCUGGUUCCUUUUGGUGGCAUUCCCAUGCUGCAUGUCAAAGGGAUGGUAUAUACGGUGCAUUGAUUAUAAGACAACCAAAAGAAAAGGAUCGUCAGGGUUAUUUGUACGAUUAUGAUGAAUCAAGUCAUGUAAUUGCGGUUCAGGAUUGGUUUAAUAGAACUUGCUAUGAUAAGAUUAAUUAUGUGGAAUACAGCACGGGUGCUAUUACAGAUCACACAUUGCUUGUAAAUGGCCGUGGAAGAUUUAGGAAAAUUAAUGGUACUUACACUCCAGUUAGCAGAUUUGUUGUGAAAAAGGGAUAUCGCUACCGUUUUCGGGUGAUAAACAAUGGUCUUCUUGACUGUCCCAUUGCAGUGUCUGUUGACAGCCACAUAGUAACCCUGAUCAGUUCGGACAGUCGAGAUUUCAAGCCAGUUAACGCUUCAUCGUUCGUGACUUAUGCUGGAGAAAGGUGGGAUUUCGUUCUGAAUGCAGACCAACCUGUAGGGUUAUACUGGAUAAAAUUUAAGGGCUUACUAUUUUGUUCACAAUUAAAAAGUUAUCAGGUUGCUGUUUUGCAAUAUGAAGGGGCUUCUGAUACAGAUAUACCCUCUGAUAAAGUUGGCUACAGCAAUGCACAGAACAAGGGACUGCAAGUAAAUUCGUUGGAUAAAGUUCCAGGAAGUAAAAAUAGCAUCACAUUACCAGAACUGCAAUCUUUGGAACCCUGGGACCCUAGUCUAAAAAAAGAUGCGGAUGUGCAAAUUUACAUAGUUGACGAUGUUUAUAAAAAAAACAACAGCCAUUAUCAAAUAGCAGGUUUAUUUGGAUAUUAUCAGGUGAGACCUGAUGAAAGGAAUAUUUCUCCACAAUUGAACAAUAUAGCGUUCAUAUUUCCACCGAUAGCGCUUCUGCCGGAAAGGAAUCGUAUUAACGAGAGCAUGUUUUGCAACGAAAGCAUGGUGACCGGAUGGGACUGCAAGAGCAAAUACUGUGAAUGUAUUCAUCGUUUUAAGGUACCUUUGAAUGCUACUGUGGAGUUGGUAAUUGUGGAUCAAGGUUCGUACGAUGAUAACGAAAACCACCCCUUCCAUUUACACGGCCACUUUUUCCGAACCGUGGGAAUGGGAAGGAUCGGUCCAAAUAAUACGGCGGAAAAAGUUAAAAAGUUGGACGCUGAAGGGAAGGUUAAUCGAAACCUCAAGAAUGCUCCACUGAAAGACACCACACCAAACAUUGGGGGAGGGUAUGUCGUACUAAGAUUUUUUGCCGAUAAUCCAGGUUUCUGGUUCUUCCAUUGUCAUGUUGAAAUCCAUCAAGAAGAAGGAAUGGCAGCAGUGUUCCAAAUUGGCGAACACGACCAAAUGUUGCCGGUUCCACCAAAUUUCCCUACAUGUGGAAAUUAUAAACCGAAUUUGCCCAAUCGUGUCGUUAAAAAUAAUUGAAAUGUAAUGCACACCGGUCGAUUAAAUAAAAAGAAUAUAU